AAUUUUUGAAGCUAUAAAUUCAUAAUUUAUCAUUAUGUAAAGGAAUCCUGCAUUUUUUUUUUCUACAAAUUACACGUUACAAAAUAAUUAAAAUAAUCUUUCAAAAAAAAAAAUUUAAAACAGUAAAUUUUAAAAAAAAUGGGAGAAGAUGAACACCUAGGCAUUAACGGCGCACCUUCGAAGACUAUUUCAGCAGCUAAACCCCUCCCAAAUUUUCAACACUAAUUCCUCCCAAACUCAAAAUCCCCACAGAUUUCUCUGCUCUUUUGAUCUCUACGAAUUCAGAUCAAAAUAUCAAGGCAUUAUCAGAAAUGGCUGAUCAGAAAAAGCAGUUCACCAAGGUCAACCAGCUGCGCCCGUUGGACACCGGGCUCAAUCUAACCGUAAAUGUUAUCAGUGCAAAGAUGGUAGCACAGAGAGGCCGGAAUCAAGGCCGGUUUUCCGAGUGCUUGGUUGGAGAUGAGACAGGAAUCAUCAUUUUCUCUGCGAGAAACGAUCAAGUGGAUCUGGCGAAGGAGGGCAACACCCUCGUCCUCACGAACGCAAAGAUCGACAUGUUCAAGGGGUCGAUGAGGCUAGCCGUGGACCGCAGUGGCCGUGUUGAAGUUGGGGAGGCUGCCGGCUUCUCCGUGGACAAGAGCAACAACCUGUCGUUGAUCGAGUUCGAACGGAUCGAUGUCGUUGUCUGAGAGACAGUUUGUAGGUGCAGUCUUUCAAUUUAGAAGCUCUGCUUGUGCGAGACAUUUUUGCCUACAACUUGUACCGCCGGAGACAUGUUUUUAUUCUCUCAAAACUAUGAGCUCAUAUUUAUUGCGUUGUGUUUUUAUCA